UUCCAUUGAGCCACGGGCGCACAGCACCCGCUCACGAUGCGCGCGACGGCCCGUCUGCCAACACCGCUGUGCGACCCCCUUCCCCACACCCACACGCAACCUUGGGGAGUUGGGGUGCAUAUAAGGGAGGAGAAGAUGAUUGGGGAAGUGUUCCUCACGUGCUGCUGCCGCCGCCUCCUCCCGCUGCGCCUUUCCCCCAUCUGACGUCACGCGCGCCAGGGGAUCGAUGCACGGCGUUUUCGGCGGCGCCAUGGCGUAGAGCGCGCACCGCAAGCCCCCCUCCGUUGGCCGCGAUGGCCGAGGUGAGCUUCACGAAGCGAGCAGCGGCCGAGCUGAGCCGCUGUUUCAACGGGCUCGCCGUUCGGGCCAAGGGUGGACUUCAACACGAGUCGCCCGCGACGAGCGGCAACAACGCUGGCGGCAACAACGCAAGACGCGGUCGCGGAGGAGGAGGAACGGGAAAUGCAGCCGCAGCAGCACCGACGACGGGUCGCGGCGUCGGCCCCGCAACAGCCAACGCGGCCGUCACAACGGCCGCUACGCCGCGCGACCCGGCCGCCGCGGUAGCGUCGUCCAACAACGCGGUCGUCGUCGCCGCGGCGGCGGCAUCGUCGCGACCUCGCAACGCGGCCGAGAUGCUGAGCUACCCGGAGUUCCUGUCGCGUCUCUUCUCGCACUUUCGCGGUCGCGAGCGGCUACCCCUCGCCUCCGUGUGCCGAGCGUGGAGGGACGCCCUGUACGACCCGCGCCACUGGCGAGACAUGGCGGCCUCGCUGCGCUGCCGAGAGCUGCGCCUGGAGACGGCCGACGUCCGGCGUCGACUUCUCGAGUCCCUGGAGCGACGCGGCGUGGACGCCGUCGUCCUCGUCGGCGCCACGGACGACGACCUAGCGGACGUCGUGUCCCUGGGCGCCGCGCUGCUGAGUCGCGCGCGUCUCGUGGCGCUGCGAUGCUCGAGCGUCUCCGACCGAGGGCUCGAGUCCCUCCUGGCGGCCUCGCCUCGGGUCUCGUCGCUCGAGCUGUUCGGCUGCAACGAGCUGACGGACGCCGGACUGUGGGCCGCGCUGAGACCCACCGUCACGUCGCUGACGCUCGCCGACUGCAUCAACGUGGCGGACGAGACGUUAGCCGCCGUGGCGCAGCUUCUUCCCGCGCUGAGGGAGCUAAACCUGCAGGCGUACCACGUGACCGACGCCUCGUUGGCCCACCUGGGAGGAGGUGGUCUCGGUGUCGGCUCCCACCACCACCACCAGCAUCACCACCACCCGCAGUCUCAGCUGGUCGUGCUGCGACUGCGCUCCUGCUGGGAGCUCACCAACCAGGGUCUGGUGCAGCUGGUCCAGGCGGUACCGCAGCUGCGAGAGCUGUCCCUGUCCGGCUGCACUAAGAUCAGCGACGACGGCGUUGAGCUCCUAGCCGAGAACAUGAGGCAGCUGCGCGUGCUCGACCUGUCGUGGUGUCCCCGCAUCACGGACGCCAGCCUCGAGUUCAUCGCGUGCGACAUGACGCAGCUGCAACAGCUCACUCUAGACCGGUGUAUGCAGAUCACGGACGUCGGUCUGGGAUACCUGUCCACUAUUCCCAACCUGUCGGUCCUCUACUUGCGCUGGUGCACGCAAAUACGGGAUUACGGCGUGGAGCACCUGUGCACCAUGAAGAGCCUGCGGAUACUGUCGCUGGCCGGUUGCCCGCACAUUACGACUCAGGCCCUGACAGCGCUUUCACAGCUGCGACAGCUCCAGGAACUCGAGCUCACCAACUGCCCCGGAGCCACUGCUGGGCUGGUGGCCUUCCUGCACGAGCAGCUGCCACACUGCCUCGUCAUCGACUAAGUCGCCUUCCUCCUCCGUUCUUUGUCUCGAAGCACCACCAGAGACGGCGGCAAAUGACGACCAGCAAUAAGAAGUGAAACACCCACGGUUGUGACGACACUCUUCUUCUUCUCCCCCCCCUCUUCCAUGGCAACCACAAACCCAGCCCCAAGACACCUCCCUCCCCCAUCUUGUCAAGAGAAGACUUAUCUUCGAACCGUAGCUUCAAAGCUUGCCGCCGUCGCCUGCUAUUUGUUCAGCACCUGCAGUCUCGCUUCAGACAAGACGAAG